GGCCCCUUCUGUCAACUAUAAUUAACAGAGCUAGUUAAUAUAUAGAGUUAUAUAGAUAGCAUCUCUUAUUUCUCGUCUUUGGUCGGUUGGGUUUCUUCUAUUCUUUUUCUUACAUUACUUUCGGAUUCGCUUAUUUGUCAGGUAUAACCAGCAAGUUUUAAAAAAUGGCUACACAAAAAGCAUUCGUCUUGCGCAAGCAAAUGGAUACAGCUAUUGAGGAGCGCCCUGAUGAUAUCGUUAAUGGGUAUCACGAUGUCAAAGUUGCUAUCAAGGCUACAGGUAUCUGUGGAAGUGAUGUUCAUUACUGGAAACAAGGUGGAAUUGGCGAUUUUAUUCUUAGGAAACCGAUGAUUUUAGGUCAUGAAAGCGCCGGUAUUGUAGUGGAAGUUGGUAAGGGCGUCCGAUCAGUCAAGCCUGGUGACCAUGUUGCUGUCGAACCGGGUAUUGUUUGUCGUCACUGUGAGUUUUGUCGAGAGGGUCGUUACAAUUUGUGCCCUCAUAUGCAAUUUGCCGCUACUCCACCUUACGAUGGCACCUUGCGCACUCAUUAUAUUGCUCCUGAAGAUUUUCUAACGAAAUUGCCUCCUCAAGUUGCACUGGACGAAGCCGCUAUGUUUGAGCCGUUGAGUGUUGCUGUUCAUUGCUGGAGCCGUGCCAACUUGCGCUGUGGCUCUCGGGUUUUGGUAAUGGGAUGCGGUACAGUUGGUCUUUUGUUAAUGGCUGUUGCCAAGGCUUACGGUGCUUCCGAUGUUGUCGCAAUCGACACUUCUGCCUCACGCGUUGAGUUUGCCCAAAAAUAUGCUGGUGCUUUACCAUUUACUCCUAUCGAGUCUCAGUCCAAUGAGUCAUUGGCUGAUUAUGCCCGUCGAUAUCGGGAUGCCAUUGUGGCCAAGUAUGGUGAGUUCGAUUUUGCUGUGGAUGCCACUGGUGUAGAAGUUUGCAUUCACACAGCCGUCCUAUGUUUGAAACGAGGUGCUACGUUUGUCCAAGCCGGAAACGGUAAGCCUGUAAUUCAAUUUCCCAUCAAUCACAUCGUGAAUAAUGAGCUCACCGUGCUUGGAAGUUUCCGCUACCGUGCUGGCUGCUAUGAACAAGCUAUGUAUUUAGUAUCAAGCGGUCUCGUAAAGCUUAGACCUCUUAUUACUCAUAAGUACAAGUUUGAAGAUGCUUUGGAAGCAUACAAGAAAACUGCUAGUGGUGAAAGCGGUGUCAUUAAAGUUAUCAUCGAGGGACCUGCUACAGAAUAGAUGUUUAUCGUUUUGUACUUGCUUAUUCCCAACUUUUUUACGACAUAUCUGUUAAAUUUUCAUAAAUAAUGAAUAUUGAGAAUGAAGAUGUAAUUUUAAAUGAAAUGUAGAUACUAUUUGCAAGGAUAGGAUUAUAUCUAUGAGAGCAUGAAAAGGAAAAAUCUGUAUAGAAC